CACUCGUACCUGCACGUGACCGUCUCGCCCGCUGGCGCUCCUCUUUUGUGCUGAAGAGGAGGAGGCUAGAAGCGAGGAGAAGUCGGUGAAAGGGCAAGGGCCAGGAUUGCAGCAGAGAGUGGGCGUGUAAGGGGGAGACCUUCAGCCUGAGCCGCUCGUCGAGAGGCGACGGAAGCGUUAGCCCGCCCAGCAGCCGACAUGGCCUUGCUCAGAGGUGUGUUCAUUGUUUCUGCCAAGAGGACCCCAUUUGGAGCUUAUGGAGGCUUCCUCAAGGACUUCACGGCCACAGACCUCUCUGAGAUUGCGGCACGCUCAGCCCUGUCUGCUGGCAAAGUGUCUCCCGAAAUCAUUGACAGUGUAAUUGUGGGCAAUGUCAUGCAGAGCUCUGCAGAUGCCGCUUACCUUGCACGACAUGUUGGUUUGCGUGUCGGAGUGCCAGUCCCAGUUCCUGCCUUAACAGUCAACAGAUUGUGUGGAUCAGGCUUCCAGUCCAUCGCCAAUGGAUGCCAGGAAAUUUGCCUUAAUGAAUCAGAUGUGGUGCUGUGUGGUGGAACAGAAAGUAUGAGCCAAGCUCCAUAUGCUGUCCGAAAUGUCCGCUUUGGAACAAAAUUUGGAGUUGAUCUCAAGCUAGAAGACACAUUAUGGGCAGGUCUAACAGAUCUGCAUAUCAAAACCCCUAUGGGGGUUACAGCUGAAAAUCUUGCUGCAAAAUAUAAUAUCACAAGGGAAGACUGUGACCGCUACGCAGUAAAGACACAGCAGAGAUGGAAAGCUGCUCAUGAAGCUGGCCACUUCAAAGCCGAGAUGGCACCUGUUGAAGUGAAAACCAAGAAAGGCAAGCAGAGUAUGGAGCGGGAUGAGCAUCCCCGACCAGAGGCAACGAUGGAACAGCUGGGAAAGCUGCCUACGGUCUUCAAGAAAGAUGGGACUGUCACAGCUGGGAAUGCCUCGGGAGUAUGUGAUGGAGCUGGAGCAGUGAUCAUAGCAAGUGAAGAGGCCAUAAAGAAGCACAGCCUCACUCCCUUGGCUAGAAUAGUAGCCUAUCAUGCAUCUGGAUGUGACCCCAACAUUAUGGGCAUUGGUCCAGUCCCUGCUGUUACUGAAGCCCUGAAGAAAGCUGGCCUUUCCCUGAAAGACAUGGACUUGGUUGAGGUCAAUGAGGCUUUUGCUCCACAGUACUUAGCAGUGGAGAAGGUUUUGGGUCUGGACCCAGAGAAAACAAACAUCAAUGGAGGAGCCAUCGCUUUGGGUCACCCACUGGGUGCAUCAGGCUCAAGGAUCACUGCUCAUCUGGUUCACGAACUAAGGCGCCGUGGGGGUAAAUAUGCAGUUGGCUCUGCUUGCAUUGGAGGGGGCCAAGGUAUAGCUGUCAUCGUUGAGAACACAGCCUAAAGGGCAGUCAAGGAUCUUCAGUGAUUUAACAAUGAAAUCUCCACCAACUGUUACAUGCUCACUAAAAGAAUUUAGAGAGAAGAUGACUUAUGUGCACAUUCAAGAACCUGACUGACAUUAACUAUCUGGCAGUGGGGAGGAGGGAAUAGUGCAAUCUUACAGAAAUAAAAGAAGAAUAUAACUAGAUAAUCUAAUUCACUUGUGUGGAUCCAGCCCUCAUAUUCACUGAUCUCCUACUUCCUGCUGAGCUAAAAUGUGAUUCCUAAGUAGGAAUUUUCUUGAGUAAAUGUUAAGGUGCUAAUUAUCUACUAAACAUACCUUGCACCAAAGCAGAGACCUACCUACUAUUUUGGCAACAUUGUCUUCCAAGCUGUUGUUUCUUCUCACUGGAACACUUCUGCAAAUGUAGGUCAGCAAGGAAUUUUGCAUUUCCAGAAAGUACAAGUUUUUGUUAAAUGGCUUUUGCAUGAAGUGUGUACUGGCUGCGUACUGUUAAGAGCUAGGAGCACAAUGUGGCAAAAAUCAGUGUGCCUUUAUGUAGAAAAAUUAAAAGAUAAGAAUUAAAUCAAAGGAUUUUAGUUUUGUCAUCUUGCAAUGCUUGGACUUAAAAUUAAAUAUUUUAAAUUUAGAA